GCUCGCGUGCAGCCCCUCAGUCUUUAUAAAUACAACCAGAGGCGUCGCUGAAGUAGGUUCACUUUGGCUAACGAAUACAAGUCAACGAAGGACGUUUGUCAUCGUUAAACUGCUCGGAGGUUUGCCAGGAGAAGGCGGGACUUGGUUUCGACUGUUUUCUUGUGGAACUAGUAAAUGUGAAGAUGCCAGCCGGUACUUUGGAACGGACUUCUUCAUCCGUGGUCGCUGCUACCCCGAGCGGAAACUCCACUCCUGAGAAAGCGCGGAGUCAGACAGGGAGCAGAAAGUCUUCCAAGCCAAUUAUGGAAAAGCGAAGACGAGCGAGAAUCAACGAGAGUCUGGGCCACCUGAAGACGCUCAUUUUGGACGCACUCAAGAAAGAUAGCUCCAGACACUCCAAACUAGAGAAGGCAGAUAUCCUUGAGAUGACUGUGAAACACCUCAGGAACCUCCAGCGACUUCAGAUGACAGCCGCUGUGAGCACAGAUCCAUCCAUCCUGGCUAAAUACAGAGCCGGCUUCAGCGAAUGCAUGGGAGAGGUCACCCGCUUCCUGUCUACAUGCGAAGAGGUGAACUCAGAGGUGAGGAGCCGUCUCCUCAGCCACCUGACGGGCUGCGUCUCCCAGAUGAACGGCGUAAACUUCUACACGCCCCACCCAAGCCCGCUAGGACUUGGACAGACUGGAGCCCAGAUUGCCGCGGCUCCUACCCCUCAGGUUCCUUGCAAAAGCAGCUCACAGAUGCGAAACCUUCCGGAAAACAUGAAGCUUCACGGCGCCUUCCAGGUGGUGCCAACCCCGGAUGGACACUUUGCCUUUCUUGUUCCCAGUGCAGCUCUCACGCCUCUGGGCGCACAAAGCAGCCAUUAUAUGUCUCCUUGUGCACGCCCGGUCACCUCAGACUCUGUGUGGAGACCCUGGUAGUACCUCAGUGCGACAGUUCUGUGUGGAAAAAUGGCACAAAUGUACUUAAUUUUUUAAUUAUGUUUUGUAAAUUUACUUGAGAGAAUAAUGUUUACAUGUUUCUUUUUCCUAAAAGAAAGUUUUCCCAUUUGAUGUGAUCUAUUUUGUUAUAUGGCACAAUUUGUUAGCCUCACGAGGUUCUUGAUAAGCACUGUAUU